CGGAGGUUAUAAAAACUUUUGGUUUAAGUCUAAUUUAAGAUUAUUUCUAUUAUUAUUGUUUCUUUUUUUUUUUUAAUUUACAUUAGUUCUUUUUUACGAAAAAGUACUAGCUAAAGGACAAUAAUGUGCAUUUGUCAUAUUUUUUAACAAGUUCUAUGCAACCCUGUUUACGCAGAAAACAACUGACCCAUUUGUUUAAUUUCAUUCUGUUGUGAGAAUAAAAAGGAUAUUAAGUUGCACCAAUUUUAAGGAUGCAUCAUGCCAAUCACUGAUCAAGAAAAACUAGGAAUCGUGGACUUCUUGGUAAAGGAGGAACAAAAUGUACCAGUAUUACUACAAGUGGCGAGAUCAGUGACAAAAAAUAUAUGCGAUGUAACAACAACGCAAGAAGCACUAGAUUAUAUAUAUAUACAAAUCGGUGAUACUCUAACUUUGCUUAACAAACGAGCCAUAACUCGAGAAAUGCUAUUUAGAUAUCUGCAUCAGAGGAAAAUACAAGUCAAUGCAGAUUUCACCAAAGGCGCAUUAAUUAGUAAAAUCAUAGAAUACUGGAAUUCUAGUCAAAAUGAACACACAACAACUCAGAAUACUGAUACAUAUGAAAAUGAAACUACUUUACCAUAUGUGGCAGAAAGAACUGUAUUAAAUCCAGUUGAACGGGCUGUUGUGACGCAGCCUGCCGAUUGGCAUGACAAAGAAUCACACUAUCCCAUUCAUUUGCUGGCACGCAAAUUUACAGAAUGGUUUUUUAGCAAUCUUAAUAUACAAGAACUAAAGAUUGACGAUUUUUGGUCAGAUGCUAAACUUCAAUUGCGUAUAGCUGCUACGGAUGAAAUUAAUGAUUAUCACUGUGAUAGUGCCAGCGAAGUUAUUGCAAAUCUUUUACAAACGAAAGAACAAUUUGGUUUCUACUUCAAUCCCAAUCUGACACAUGCUGGCGUACAAGGACGCAUGAAUGUACAUGGCUUAGUGCUGGUGCUAGCAUGUGGUACACUACACACAGAGCCAAAUUGCGUUGGCGUAUUCGAAUGUACAUUUGGACUUCUUCGCGAUCCAUUUGCUGAGAACAAUUGGAAGGUAAAAACAAUGCAAUGCAUUUUACGCAGUCAGACAGCCGCUUUAAUGCCUAGCUUAAGCGAAAGUGAAACACUCAAAGAAGCGCUUUGCUUGCCAACUCCGGAGGGUGAAAUUACGUAGCAUUUGUUCGUAUAAGAUUUAUGUUAUUUAUUUGAAAUUACUAAGAUUAUUUAAUAAAAUAGUCUGAUUUGAAUUGUA